UAAAAAAUUUUUUUAUCGAUAACCUCAGAAGAAGCGCAUGCUCCAUUUUUCCUGGAAUUAUUUCUCGCUAAAAUAAUUAAUAAAGUGAAAUUAUAAAUUUCAUAGAUCCGUACUUCUACUACUUACUAAUUAUCAACAAUGGCAGGUUUCUUCAAUCGAUUGGGUCAACUUGGUCUGGGAAUAGCCAUCACCGGCAGUGUCAUCAACUCAGCUCUAUACAAUGUCGAUGGAGGCCAUCGCGCAGUAAUUUUCGACAGAUUCGCUGGAAUAAAAAACAAUGUAGUAGGCGAAGGAACCCACUUUUUCAUUCCCUGGAUCCAGAAGCCCAUAAUAUUUGACAUCCGCUCCCGACCAAGGAACGUGCCCGUAAUUACCGGAAGUAAAGAUCUACAGAAUGUCAACAUCACACUCCGUAUUUUAUUCCGACCAAAGCCUGACUCGCUUCCCAAAAUCUACACGAUUCUUGGUGUCGAUUAUGACGAGCGUGUGUUGCCGUCAAUUACCACCGAGGUAUUGAAAGCCGUCGUCGCGCAGUUUGAUGCCGGUGAAUUAAUUACUCAGCGUGAGUUGGUGUCGCAAAAAGUAAGCGAAGAUUUAACUGAACGAGCUCUACAAUUCGGUGUCAUUUUGGAUGACAUUUCUAUCACACACUUGACAUUCGGUAAAGAGUUCACUCAAGCUGUCGAAUUGAAGCAAGUCGCUCAGCAAGAGGCCGAGAAAGCUCGAUUCCUCGUAGAAAAAGCCGAGCAACAGAAGAAGGCUGCAAUUGUCAGCGCAGAAGGUGACGCACAGGCCGCGAAAUUAAUCGCAACGUCUCUCAAUGAAGUCGGUGACGCUCUCGUCGAGCUGAGAAGAAUCGAAGCUUCUGAAGAGAUCGCGUACAAUCUAUCACGCUCCCGGCAAAUAUCUUACUUACCUUCCGGUCCGGGCCUUCUUCUCAACCUUCCACAAUAAUUCCGUUGAAGAAAAAAUUUUUAAAAUAAUGCGCCGUGGAGAAGUGAAACAACUGUUGUAAAAAUAAAAUAUAUCAACUUACGUUUAUAUUAUUAUCAUAAUUAAUAUUAAUAUUGACAUUUGAAAAAGAUAAAAAUAGCAUUUUGUAGUUAUAAUAUAACUGACAGUCCUGUCAGUUAAUGAAAUAUAAUUUUCCAUUAAUUUACACAA